AGCAGAGGAAAAAUUCGUAUGUUUAAAGUUGGCGCGUUGAAUCGAUAUCGCUAAGGAAUGUCGGUAGGAGGCGUUACAAACGAUGAUGGCGGAGCGUAGUGACAAACGACGAAAGCUCCCGACUCGGCGCGAUGAGGCGAGGCGUCAGUGAAGCGCGCCGGCAAUACACGGCAGUAUGGCUUCGGCUGCCGGCGGGUUCACGUUCUUAGUGUUUCUUCGUGGUGUCACGCCGCAUUCUCGGCCGCGAGUGUGCGUGUUUUCGUGAGUUUAUAUUUUGUGAGAGAAAUAAAGAGAAAGAAAGAGAGAGAAAAGUCUCUAAUAAAGUUACGAGAGAGAAAGAUUAAGGAUAUUCGCGCGCGCGAGAGAAAGAAAGAAAGAGAGAGAGAGAGAGAGAGAGAGAGAGAGAGAGAGAGACAGACAGACAGAUAGAUAGAGAUAGAGAUAGACACGACCACCCUUGAACAUGCGGCGAAACGUGAAAAUAGUGCUCCUUCUGUCAUGCGCCUGGAUGUUCGUCUUUGUUUACUAUUAUCACACAUCCAGAGAUACCAAGAACGAGAACAGAGCAUUGCGAUUGAAGGAACCCGCAUCCUUGGCCCUAUCCGCUGGAAAUGCCGGUGGUUACAUGGACCCAGAUGGUACUGCCAUUGCGAUGUCGUCCGAACUUCAGCCUGCUCCUACACCCGAUCCAAGAGUCACUUGGAAUUACUUCGACGAGCAAGGGUACGUUUCGCGAGGUGGUCUGCGAGCUGGUGAGGACCCAUACGCAAGAAAUAAAUUCAAUCAAGAAGCCUCCGAUGGUCUUCCAAGCAAUAGGGAUAUUCCUGAUACUCGUAGUGCUAUGUGUCGGAUGAAACAAUGGAGAAGAGAUCUUCCACCAACUUCCGUCAUAAUCACUUUUCAUAACGAGGCCAGAUCGACGUUGUUAAGAACCGUAGUCAGCGUACUCAAUAGAAGCCCUGAGCAUCUGAUCAAGGAGAUCAUAUUGGUCGAUGAUUUUAGCGAUCAUCCUGAAGAUGGCGAAGAACUGUCAAGGAUUCACAAAAUACGAGUGAUCAGAAACGAAAAAAGAGAAGGUUUAAUGAGAUCGAGAGUUCGAGGCGCAGAUGCGGCCACUGCUAGCGUUUUAACGUUUCUAGACUCUCACUGCGAGUGCAAUGCUGAUUGGUUGCAACCCCUUUUAGAAAGAGUAGCAGAGGACCCAACGAGAGUUGUUUGUCCUGUAAUCGACGUUAUCAGCAUGGAUACGUUCCAAUAUAUCGGUGCAUCGGCAGAUUUGAGAGGAGGCUUCGAUUGGAGUUUGGUUUUCAAAUGGGAAUAUUUGAGCCAAGCUGAAAGACAAGCGCGACAAAAGGAUCCAACGCAAGCAAUCAGAACGCCGAUGAUAGCUGGUGGAUUAUUUGUCAUCAAUAAAGCUUAUUUCGAGAAACUUGGAAAAUAUGACACCCAAAUGGACGUCUGGGGUGGUGAAAAUCUUGAAAUAUCCUUCCGAGUAUGGCAAUGCGGUGGCAGUCUAGAAAUUAUUCCGUGUUCUCGAGUAGGCCAUGUCUUUAGAAAACGUCAUCCUUAUUCAUUUCCUGGUGGUAGUGGGAAUGUUUUCGCACGGAACACGAGACGUGCCGCUGAAGUAUGGAUGGAUGAAUAUAAACAAUUUUAUUAUAAUGCUGUACCUCUUGCACGGAACAUUCCUUAUGGAAAUAUUCAAGACAGAAUGGAACUGAAACGAGAGCUGGGCUGCAAGCCCUUUAUUUGGUAUUUGAAACACGUCUACCCCGAAUUGGUGAUCCCUACGAGCGAGGGUGGUCCAGGAGGAUCUCUGAAGCAAGGCACGGCUUGUCUGGAUAGCAUGGGCCAUUUGCUAGAUGGAAACGUUGGUUUAUAUCCCUGCCACGAUACCGGUGGCAAUCAAGAAUGGGGUCUCACCAAGGAUGGUCUGAUAAAGCAUCACGAUCUUUGUCUGACGUUACCACUUUACGCGAAAGGUACGACGCUCCUCAUGCAGGUUUGCGACGGCAGCGAAAAUCAGAAGUGGCGACACUUGGAAGGUGGUCUCAUAAGGCACUCCAGGAUUCCCGUCUGCGUGGAUUCCAGAUAUCACGCUCAACGUGGAAUCACCGCGGAGAAAUGUGACUCUAAUGCGGAAACGCAGAGGUGGCAUCUCUACAAUCACACUCACUAACUUCCAUCGUCCUCUCGAUGAGAACAAUCACCUUACUCGACCGCGUAAUAAUACGUCUUUCGUCUCACGAGCUCGCCGAAUCUUCCAAAGGAUCGAUUGUUUCGUUCGUUCGAUCGUUAAAACGAACGUGCGAAACGAAUUCGUCCCAGAGAGAAGGGAGAUUUCUUCUCCGUCUUUUCCUUCUUCUUCUUCUUCUUCUUCUACUACUAUUUCUUCAUCAUCAUCUUCUUUGGGCCUAGAAAAAAUCGUCGUUCUUGAAACGAAUCACGGACCACAUUCUCGGUUUUUUUUUCUUGAACCAAUCGGUACGAUGACUCCGGAUUUUUUAUAUUAUAAAACGUGCUACAUGAUAUAAAAAACCAAAAAAAAAAAACAAAAACAAAAACAAAAAAAAAGAUACAAUAAAAAAAAGUGUAAGGACUUCGCAUGUUCCCAUCGAAAUUCCCUUACGAUUUGAUUUGCGCGAAUAUUUAAAUAUCUAAUGAUCUCAAAAUACAAUCGCUCGAGCGAUUAUUUUUAUGCAUUUAUUUUCAAAAUAUAUAUUUUCCUUUACCUUCCCUUUUUUAAGUUGGACGUUACUUCAGUAUUGUGGUAUUUUAAUAUAGAAGAUACUUGACGAGAGAUUUUGCUUGUGAAUACCAAUUUGAGAUUAUAAUUUUACUAGUAUAUACGUUAUAUAGAACAAAGAAUCGAUAGAGCAAUGUGUGUACGUUUUGACAUGAGAUAAUCCUAGGUUCGAUUAUUAAUAUUUUAAUGUUUUUUUUUUUUUUUUUUUCUUACUCUUUACUAGUCAUUCGCGAUGAUAUGUCUGCUUUCCACAAGUUUUAUUUUUUAUUGUAAUCUAGGAAAAGAUGCAUGCGUGGAGGAACGAGAAUAUUAUUUCUUACGGCUUGACGAUUAUCGAUGGUCGACGAUAGGUCGUAGAUCGAUUCGAGAAGCUUUUUAGUCACGUCUUUACGAGUCUGAAAAAUUCAUCUACGCUGCGUCCAUUCUCUUCUUUUUUUCUUUCUUUUCUUUUUUAUAUAUAUAUAUACAUACAUACACAUACAUAUAUAUAUAUAUAUAUAUAUGUGUGUGUGUAUAUGUGUGUGUAUAUAUAUACAUAGCAGAUUUUAAUCAAUUUUUAGAGCGUUCGAUUGCAUCGAUAUUUUUUGUCUCCAAUCCGUUAGAUUGGAAUCGUGAAACAAAGCGAAUGUUUCAACUCCACGCUCUAUGAUUCUCGAUAAAGAGAUUUAUUUUUGUAAGAAAUUAUAUAUGUAUUUACUUGGUUGUGCAAACGGAUGGGAAUCGCGAUACGAUUAGCGUGUAAUGAUUUAACACAUUGCGGACCGAUCAAUCGAUAAACUAUAUAAUUUCGUUUAGAUCUCUUCGGUGAAACGUAUAGAAACAAUUAGUAUAAUUAAUUAUUACAAGGAUCUCCGCAACGCGUUAAAUGCAAAUGCGAAAGUACAUAUACACGGUGACUUAUAUAGCAAUAUGACGCAGGUCUUACAAUUUAGGCAAAUCGGCAUGUGAGAUGGCUUUUUUAUGGCCUCGACUUUCCGCCGAUAAACGAUUAUAACUGCCGCCGUUUUUGCGCCGGAUUCGCAUCUAUCGGAGGUUUGAAAUUUAAUAUUGUACGAUAUUGCGCGCUUUGCAUUGAGCUUUUGUAUAAUAUUGCGCCCAUCCGAGUGUCAUCUUCAAUGUUGACAACCGUAGUCGAAAAUGUUUGUUGGGAGAUUGUUUUUUUACAUAUUGGUACUUUAAAUAGGCGAUAACAUGUUUAGUGUAGAUAUUAUAAAUGAUCGAUAUGUUCUUGAGAGAUGGCAGAAAGAAAGAAAACGAUUGUUCGUUAAUAACAAGUAUAUUGUACAUUUAAAUUAGAAAAUGAGAAAAUGAUAUAAACACGUGAAUACAUUACACAUGCCUGCGUAUUCGUAACAUUAUCAUCCAAAUUUUAUGCGUUAUCUUUAAAUUUAAUUUUUAAUUUUUAUUCGAUAAAAUUUAUGAAAAUUAAAUUUCAUUUUACAAACUUUUACUCGAUGAAGAUUUGUUUUUCAAAUGUUUAACUCUAAAGAAAAAUAUCAUUGAAAUAAAUUAAUGAAUAAUUUAUAUGAAUUGUAAUGUUGUGUGUAUGUUGGUUAUGUACAUACAUAAAUAUAGACGAAUUCUGUGCGUCUGUUUCAUAUUUAAGAUACUUUCGCAAAGUGAAAAUGUGGUAGGCGCGCGUACAGGUGCAAGAAUUGUAGACUUCGUGAUGAAAGUUGGGCCUUGGGGUAUUCUGAACUAGGAUUUGAACCUGGGUCUUUCGCUUUCCGGCCAAUUUCAACCUCACGAAUGCCUACUUUAUUAAAAAUGGAGAUGGUCACUCCCACAGAAUUAUAUGAAAAAAGACCUUGUAAAUAAUUUCAUAUAUUCUAUUAAUUAAUUAUCUUUCUCCCGUCCUAACUUCUCGAAAUAAUACUUCUUUGCUAUAAUAAAAAAAUAUGAAUACUUUUUCUCUUUGCUUCCGUGCAUGACGAACAAGUUGAAACUACGAAGUUUCUCUACCAUAAUUACGCUGAUACCUGUAAAUAAACCUUAUCACGUGAAAAUAUAAAUAUAAAUUAAUGAAAGAAUGAAACAUUGUACUUUCCAAGUAUAUAAACUGUAUUAUAAUACUGAAAAUUCGAGAUUAAGUUAAGAUAAUAAGUAAUCAGUCAAUGUUAACAUUCGUAUCCUAUAAAAUAUCUUUGUAAUUGACGAAGAAACGUUGUUACAAGUAAAAUACGAAGGCUGUAUAGCGAACUAUUCCUUACGUAUUGUUAUUUGCGGUUUCUUCUGAAUAAUUAGAAAAAUGAAUUUUUCUAUAAGAGAGUGUAAUCAUAAUCGAAUAUUUCGAAAAAAUAACGAAUAUUUUAAAGACGAUUAGUACAUAUUAUGAAAAAAAUAAAAUCAUUAUGAUUUUAUAAUUCAGCAUCGAUUAUAUUUAGAUCGCAUAUGUUGAAAAAAUAAUUUUUUUUAAAUUAAAAUUCCGAAAUUGUCCUCAAUAUCAUCUUUUUAUUUUAUAUAGAUUAAUUUCUUUUCAAAACAUAAGGAUCAACAUUCUCUUCCAUCCUAUUCGCAAAUGUAUAAUAAUUAUUACAUAUACAUAAAU